AUGCCAAUAGUGACAUCUUGGAAGUUCCCUAGUUUCCUUGUUAUUCUAUGUACUUUCUUAUCUUAUUCUUUCUCUUCAAUAUUCACCAUAACCAACAACUGCCCUUAUACAAUAUGGCCUGGCACACUCUCCGGCUCCGGCUCGCCUCCACUUCCGACGACCGGAUUCCAGCUGGACUCGGGGCAAAUGAUCAAACUUACUAGUGUUCCAGGGUGGUCAGGUAGGAUAUGGGCUAGGACUGGUUGCACAUUUGAUGCAACAGGAAUUGGCAAGUGCCAAACAGGUGAUUGUGGUGGAAGGCUGGAAUGUGAUGGAAAUGGAGCAGCUCCUCCUACCUCUUUGUUUGAGAUAACACUUGGUAAAGGCAAUGAACAAGAUUACUAUGAUGUCAGCAUGGUAGAUGGAUACAAUCUGCCACUUCUUGUUCAACCACGAGGUGUAUAUGGUAGUGGAGCCUGCAAUGCCACCGGUUGUGUGACUGAUAUCAACAGAGGUUGCCCCAAAGAACUUCAAGUAGUUGGUGGAGAUGGAUACGAAGGUGGUGUAGUUGGGUGUAAGAGUGCAUGCGAGGCAUUUGGAUCGGAUCAGUACUGCUGCAGUGGAGAAUUUGCCAACCCAACAACAUGCCAACCUUCCUACUAUUCCACCCUUUUCAAGCAGGCUUGUCCAAAAGCCUAUAGCUAUGCAUUUGAUGAUGCCACCAGCACUUUCAUUUGCAAAGCCUUUCAAUAUGACAUUGUUUUUUGUCCCAACACCAACAGGAUUAAAAGACCAAAUGGUGCAUUUCCUCCUCCACCACCAUCAUCAUCAUUUAGAUGGCCCUAUCAGAAGAUUCAGUGGGUCCAUUCUUCUUCUAAUAUUCUCUUACCCUUUCCAGUGACAAUCUUUCUCUUGGUCGCCACUCUCUCUGUGUUUGCAGCAAGGACGCAGCCACUGAUAUGA